GAUGCAGGGAUGCUGGAGGAUAUGGGAAAGCCUCGGCUGACUUCUGGAGGGAAGGGUUAACCGAGGAAAGAGGCAUUUGAGGAUUAUUCAGUUCCAGAAGGUCUGUGCGUGGAAUGCUAUCUCUGCCGUGGCUGAAAAUAAGAGGUGCCUACCCCUGCUCGUCUUGAUUAUUGCCACCGAAGGGACCGCUUUGCCACCACUGUAGGAAGAAAUAAUUGUUGCCACCGAGAAGGUUAUGAGGAUUAUGAUCACAUGUGCAGCUCUGCAUAUCUGUCCACUUGGAGAUGAUGGUGACUCCUUAGAGAAUACACGCAAACUCCUGGUUAACCAUCAGCAUAGUGCUCCUUUUAUCCAAAAGAUUUGAUAACUGCUUUUCACCAGCUCUCCGAUUUUGUUACAUCAUGUCUCUACCAGCCUAAAACAUUUCCUAAAAUGGUUCUUUUGCUGUUCCUUGCAAUCCUAUUAUUGAAGGAAGAUGUCUGUGGGAACUUUGGGCUUUUGGUUUCAGCACAAGCAAAUGAAAGGAGGGUGGUUGCACACAUGCCUGGUGAUAUUAUCAUUGGAGCUCUAUUCUCUGUCCAUCAUCAACCAACUGUUGACAAGGUUCAUGAAAGGAAAUGUGGAGAGGUAAGAGAGCAGUAUGGCAUUCAGAGAGUGGAGGCAAUGCUACAUACCCUUGACAGAAUUAAUCUGGACCCCACACUGCUGCCAAAUAUAACACUAGGAUGUGAAAUAAGGGACUCCUGCUGGCAUUCUGCUGUGGCUCUGGAGCAGAGUAUUGAGUUUAUAAGGGACUCUCUAAUUUCAUCGGAAGAAGAGGAAGGGAUGGUGCGAUGUGUGGAUGGAUCAUCAUCAUCUUUCCGCUCCAAGAAACCCAUUGUUGGUGUUAUUGGACCUGGCUCUAGCUCAGUUGCUAUCCAGGUCCAGAACUUAUUGCAGCUUUUCAAUAUACCUCAGAUUGCUUAUUCUGCCACAAGCAUGGACCUAAGCGACAAAACUCUGUUCAAGUAUUUUAUGAGAGUUGUGCCAUCUGACGCACAGCAAGCACGGGCUAUGGUGGACAUUGUCAAGCGCUAUAACUGGACUUAUGUUUCUGCUGUACAUACUGAAGGAAACUAUGGUGAAAGUGGAAUGGAAGCUUUCAAAGAUAUGGCGGCCAAGGAAGGGAUCUGCAUUGCACAUUCCUACAAGAUCUAUAGCAAUGCUGGUGAACAGAGCUUUGACAAACUGCUGCGAAAGCUUCGGAGCCACCUGCCAAAGGCAAGAGUUGUUGCCUGCUUCUGUGAAGGCAUGACUGUGAGAGGGCUCUUAAUGGCUAUGCGACGCCUGGGACUCGCUGGAGAAUUUUUGCUGCUGGGCAGUGAUGGCUGGGCAGACAGGUAUGAUGUGACAGAAGGGUAUCAGCGUGAAGCUGUCGGUGGAAUAACGAUCAAGCUCCAGUCUCCUGACGUGAAAUGGUUUGAUGAUUACUACUUACAACUUCGGCCAGAAACCAAUCAUCGAAAUCCAUGGUUUCAGGAAUUUUGGCAGCACAGGUUCCAGUGCCGUUUGGAAGGGUUUCCUCAAGAAAAUCCUAAAUACAACAAGACUUGCACACGCCAGAUGACUCUCAGGACACAGCAUGUUCAGGACUCCAAGAUGGGCUUUGUAAUCAACGCAAUAUACUCAAUGGCGUACGGCCUCCACAAUAUGCAGAUGUCGCUGUGCCCAGGCUAUGUGGGCCUCUGUGAUGCCAUGAAGCCCAUAGAUGGUCGGAAGCUCCUGGAAUCCCUCAUGAAGACUAAUUUUACUGGGGUCUCUGGGGACAUGAUCUUGUUUGAUGAGAACGGUGACUCACCAGGAAGAUAUGAAAUCAUGAAUUUUAAGAAAAUGGGGAAGGACUACUUUGAUUAUAUCAAUGUUGGCAGCUGGGACAAUGGUGAGCUGAAAAUGGACGAUGAUGAAAUAUGGUCAGAGAAAAAUAAUAUCAUCAGAUCUGUGUGCAGUGAACCCUGUGAAAAAGGCCAGAUAAAGGUGAUCCGUAAAGGAGAAGUAAGUUGCUGUUGGACCUGCACUCCGUGUAAAGAGAACGAAUAUGUAUUUGAUGAAUAUACAUGUAAAGCCUGCCAGCUCGGCUCCUGGCCCAAUAACGACCUCACAGGUUGUGACCUCAUCCCAGUUCAGUAUCUCAGAUGGGGUGAUCCUGAACCAAUUGCAGCAGUUGUUUUUGCAUGCCUGGGUCUUCUGGCCACCUUGUUUGUUACAGCUAUAUUCAUAAUGUACCGUGAUACUCCAGUGGUCAAAUCAUCCAGCAGAGAACUUUGCUACAUCAUUCUAGCUGGCAUCUGCUUGGGUUACUUGUGUACCUUCUGUCUUAUCGCAAAACCUCAACAGAUUUACUGUUAUCUUCAGCGAAUUGGCAUUGGCCUCUCCCCAGCUAUGAGUUAUUCUGCUCUAGUAACUAAAACCAACCGCAUUGCAAGAAUCCUGGCUGGAAGCAAGAAGAAAAUUUGUACCAAGAAACCUAGGUUCAUGAGUGCUUGUGCUCAACUGGUUAUUGCAUUUAUCUUGAUAUGUAUACAAUUAGGCAUAAUUGUUGCCCUCUUUAUAAUGGAGCCACCAGAUAUAAUGCAUGAUUACCCAAGCAUCCGAGAGGUCUACCUGAUUUGUAACACCACCAACUUGGGUGUUGUAACUCCCCUUGGAUAUAAUGGAUUAUUAAUUUUGAGUUGCACCUUUUAUGCAUUUAAGACAAGAAAUGUCCCAGCUAAUUUCAAUGAAGCAAAGUAUAUUGCCUUUACAAUGUAUACCACCUGCAUCAUUUGGCUGGCUUUUGUGCCAAUAUAUUUUGGAAGCAACUACAAGAUAAUCACCAUGUGUUUCUCAGUGAGUCUGAGUGCCACGGUGGCCCUCGGUUGUAUGUUUGUGCCCAAGGUCUAUAUCAUCCUUGCUAAGCCUGAAAGGAAUGUACGCAGCGCAUUCACUACAUCGACUGUGGUCCGCAUGCACGUAGGGGAUGGAAAGUCAUCUUCAGCUGCAAGCCGCUCAAGCAGCCUGGUGAACCUGUGGAAAAGAAGGGGAUCAUCUGGUGAAACCCUUAGGUACAAAGGCAGGAGACUGGCCCCGCACAAGUCGGAAAUAGAGUGUUUCACCCCAAAAGGGAGUAUGGGGAAUGGUGGGAGAGCUACAAUGACCAGUGAAGAAUCUGUUUGCAUUCCAGACUGUAAUCGAUCUGAGUCAAGUAGAGAGGAGAAAAAGGUUCCUGUUAAAGAGGAUGCUCUAACAGUCAAAAAGACUGGAAACUGUGUCAGUCUAAUAGUUCCACAGCAAGACUGUCAGCUGCAAGACCUACUCAAACACUCUAAUGGGAAAUCGGUUUCCUGGGCCCAGAAUGAGAAAAGCAGCAGAGGAGCACACCUUUGGCAGCGGUUGUCAAUCCACAUCAAAAAAGAAAACCCCAAUCAAACUGCAGUGAUUAAGCCUUUUUCUAAAAGCACAGAUAGUAGCCGACAUAGUAGCAGUGCUACAUUUCCUGAGGCCAGUGCCAAAACGCUUUACGAUGUUUCAGAAGCUGAAGAGCAAUACCCAGCUCAAUAUCGACCACAGACUCCCUCACCUAUCAGCACCUUGAGUCACAGAACUGCCUCCGUUAGCCGAACAGAAGAUGAUGCCCCUACCUUCCAGUCAGACCCUCCUCAGAGAAGUAGCUCCUCUCAAGGAUCCCUCAUGGAGCAGAUCAGUAGUGUGGUUACUCGCUUUACAGCCAAUAUCAGUGAGCUGAACUCCAUGAUGCUUUCAACAGCCACUCCAGGGACAAUGGUGGCCACUCCUCUCUGCUCUUCAUACCUGAUUCCACGGGAAAUUCAGCUCCCUACAACAAUGACCACGUUUGCAGAGAUCCAACCACUUCCUGCCAUUGAAGUAAAUGGCGCUUCACAGUCAGCUAGGAAACCUUCAAAUGGCAGCAUCAAAGAAGGCACUUCAGAGGCCCCAACAGCCAAGCAAGACCUUGAGGAGUUGGUAGCUUUAACUCCUCCUUCUCCUUUUAGAGACUCCAUCGAUUCUGGAAGUGCAUCUCCCAGCUCUCCAGUUUCUGAAUCAGCUCUCUGUAUCCCAUCCUCCCCAAAAUAUGACACACUCCUCAUCAGAGAUUAUACUCAAAGUUCUUCUUCGCUGUGAAUGUAGUUCAAGACAACGUUGGAUCUCAACAACUACAAGCAAGUAGUGAGGGGACAGCCAAGCCUUCAAGAUCUCCAGUGAUUACACAGAUAGAGAGGCAUUGGGUCAUCUUGUUAGAAACAGAGAGGAAGAAGAGGAAUUACUUGAGAAGUGGAAACAUCAGAUUAAUUAUGCUGUUUUAAAGACAAAAUGACUCUUGGCAGAUUUUCGUGGCCUUAAAAAAACAUGGGCUUUUCAGAGACACUGAAUCUAUUUUUGAGGGCUUAUAAGGAGUCUGUUAAAUCAGUUACAUACCAAGUGCUUUGCUUUAGUAUUACAAUGAACCGUGUGUACAAUAUACGGGGCGGACGGGAAACUAGAUUGUAAACAACUGUACAAUGGUUUGUUUGUUUACUCUGAUUCCUUACCCAGAAAUGAACCUUGAUCUUUUAUCAAGAAUGGAAGACCAAACAUUGAAUGUACAUUUUCUAACAGACUCAAAUCUGGGACCAACCUGUCAAGCUUUCUUUCUCUUUUUUUUUUCUAAGAAGAUCUCAAAAAGCAGUAAUGUAUGUUCAAUAACUACCAAACUUUUUGCUGAAGCAUAUUGUGUCCGUGAUACAUUACACGUGGAUAACACUAAGCUGAGGCUUUGCAGUGAGUGACUGCAAUAUGGAGGGCUUUACAAGUGACUUCUCAACCUACACAUUUGUUAAGAAAUUCUCUUCUAUCAGUAUCAAAAAUUAGAUUUGUUAACAUUGGAUUCACCAUCACAGCAACAAAACCCAAGGAAGAUUUCCUGACUAUUUCACCGUGUUGCCAACUAAUAAUGAAGUAGCAAAAAAUAUUUUCUGGAGUACUGUUUUGUAAUUCCCUUAUCAGGGCAAGUUGUUGAGGUGAAUAUUCUCUUUCUAGCAGCACUACCAAGCUAUAUUAUAGCUGCACACCCUACUGAAAUUAACACAUUUUUAUGGACAUUCUUAUGCUAACAUUACUAGUUAAAAUACUUAUUUGGGCUCCCAUAGUCUUUGCUUGUAAGGAACAGGUAAACACCUUAAAGAUUUUCUCCAUACUUUGAAUGACAGAAUUCUAGGAGGCCAAUUUGGGUUAUGUGAGUGGAAAGGUUGUCAUAAUCAUAAUUCAUAUGUAGGGAAAAAAAAAUCUGUGUCAAAAUCUGCUUAGAGGUGAUUUAGCUACUCUUUAAUAAGCAACAAUUUUAAAUUUCUUUAGCUGCUGAUGCCUUGCAGCUGUGAACUGUGACAAAAAAAAAAAAAAAAAAAAAAAAAAAGAAAACAUUCUUUCGAAG